AUGUUCUGCCAACAUGUUGUUGCAUGUUGCAAACAUGUCGCCAACGUUGCGAAUAUGGACGAUACGUCUGACUGUCAUAUGGUCUCCAAAAUAGGAUACCUAAUUAUAGGGGAGAUUCUCGUCAAUGUCAUCUUAUUUCAUUAUUAUUCUCGGCAUAAUUGUGUCACUCACUGGCAGCGGCAGUCUUGCGUGGCUGAAUUAAUCAGAAGUGUUCCAACAUCAGAUGAAUUGGUAGCAGAAGAAGAAGGCGAGUACGAUCCAACCUAUCUUUCAAAGUUCUGCAAUGUAUGCAGUCGCGAAGCACCGAUCAGAAGUCAUCACUGUCCGAUCUGCAAUAUAUGUGUUUUGCGAAAAGACCACCAUUGUUUCAUAACUGGUGCAUGCGUUGGACUAGGAAAUCAGCGUUAUUUCAUCAUGUUUUUAUUCUGGGUUGGUGUGGGUUUAUUACUUGGAGCACGAUACAUCGCUAUUUACCUGUACGAAACCUCUUCGGCUGGCUUUCCUCUUGGAUUUUUGUACUGUAUUGGACCGAUAGCUGUUGUUCGAUGGUUUGCCGGGUACAGCACGUUUUUGCACGUUUCUAUAUGCACUUUAUUCGCCUUCACUCUUGCGAGCCUCGUAACUGCUUGGGGAUAUUUUGGACUCGAGAUUUAUUACACUUGUUGUGGUUAUACCAUGUACGAGUAUCACAGCAGUAUACGCGACGCGUUCGAUGGUGAUGGCGCCAAUAUCGGAGAAAGAUUUCGUCUUAUUUUUGGCCGCUACUGGAUACUUAAUUUCUUUUUUCCUCAAUUUUGGAACGCUCAGAUUUUAACCACCCAGAUAGCGACCAAUCUAUUUCGUGUGAGGAGCAAACAACUCUAGCUAUCUGUAUACUGACAGUUAUUCCAUCAAAUUUUGCCAUUAGUUUCCGAUCUCAAAUAUGACUCUGAUAUGCGUAUGACUUUAAUGCUUUUGUUCAUACGGGUAUUGUUCCUAGUGCAAUGAAUUUACUUUUUUGUUUGAAUUUGCUCUUGUUGUUGUCCAUAAUUCUACUAUGUCGCGGCCGAUUGAGUGGCUUCAUGCUGCCGAUCCAUAAAACAUUGUCAACUUUGGAAGGUAGUGAGAGUGCUGCAAUGUGCUCCAGAGUGCCAUUACGAGUAGGUCUGAUGCAGAAGAAUCUGCAAGUCCAAGAAAUGCUGCAUUUCUAUUUAGAUUUUACAGUAGCUCCAACUUCAUUCAGUAAUAACCCUGACCUUCGCAU